ACCCACACUAUUUCACUACCACAUCGCCUCCUUCCACGCCGUCUCCUUCCACCCGCCUCCUUCCACCGGCUUCAUAUCGAUAAGGGUUGUAAUUGACAAGGGGAUUAAAGCUGAAGGGUUGAUGGACUGCGCCUCACUUCUGAUUUAUCGUAGCAGUGCCGCUGCCGGAACUAAUUUAAUGGGGAGAGGAAAACCUCUUCUUGUGAGCUCCGUAACGGAGCUGAAGAAAAAGGAGAAGAUAGAGAAGAAAGCAAAAUCAGGAGGCUUCGAAUCCUUAAACCUAUGCUCUAAUGUGUUCAGAGGUGUUAAGCGAAAGGGGUAUAGAGUACCUACACCUAUACAACGUAAAACAAUGCCCCUUAUUCUCUCUGGCGCCGACGUCGUCGCUAUGGCACGAACRGGGUCCGGUAAAACUGCAGCGUUUUUGAUUCCCAUGCUGGAGAGGCUGCAGCAGCAUGUCUCCCAGUCUGGUGUUAGAGCCCUAAUCUUGUCACCCACUCGCGACCUUGCUCUUCAAACCCUUAAGUUCACUCAAGAGCUCGGCAGAUUUACAGACCUUCGUGUUAGUUUAUUGGUUGGCGGUGAUAGUAUGGAAGGUCAAUUUGAGGAAUUGGCACAGAGUCCUGAUAUCAUUAUUGCAACUCCUGGYAGGCUCAUGCAUCACCUAGAAGAAGUUGAUGAUAUGUCRCUCCGGUCAGUUGAGUAUGUGGUAUUUGAUGAAGCUGACAGUCUCUUUAGCAUGGGUUUUGCUGAGCAGUUGCACAGAAUUCUUUCGCAGCUAAGUGACAAUAGGCAGACCCUGCUGUUUAGUGCAACCUUACCUAGUGCUCUUGCAGAGUUUGCCAAAGCUGGACUUCGGGACCCUCAACUUGUGCGCCUUGAUUUGGAGACCAAAAUUAGUCCUGAUUUGAAACUUACCUUUUUCACCUUAAGGCAGGAAGAAAAAUUAGCUGCUUUGCUGUAUUUGAUCAGGGAACAUAUCAGAUCUGAUGAGCAAUCAUUGAUAUUUGUAUCUACAAAACAUCAUGUCCAGUUCCUUGACCAUCUGAUAAGAGAAGAGGGYAUAGAGCCUUCUGUUUGUUAUGGUGAUAUGGAUCAAGACGAUCGCAAGAUCAAUGUCUCAAGAUUUAGAUCAAGGAAGACCAUGCUUCUAAUUGUGACAGAUGUUGCAGCUAGAGGAAUUGACAUCCCGCUGCUUGACAAUGUUAUCAAUUGGGAUUUCCCUCCUAAACCAAAACUUUUUGUGCAUCGGGUGGGUAGGGCUGCAAGGGCUGGCCGGACUGGUACUGCAUUUUCUUUCGUCACAUCUGAAGACAUCGCAUAUCUUCUGGACCUACAUCUUUUUCUUUCUAGACCAAUUAGGCCUGCACCCAYUGAGGAAGAGGUUUUGCGAGAUAUGAAGGGAGUCAUGUCGAAAAUGGAUCAGGCAAUGACAAGUGGAGAAACGGUGUAUGGUCGUUUCCCUCAAACGGCUAUUGAUCUUGUUGCAGACAGAGUUCGUGAAAUACUUGAUUCGUCCACUGAAUUGGACUGCUUGUUGAGACCUUGUGAAAGAGCUUUCCGUUUGUAUACCAAAACAAAAGAGAAGCCUUCCAGGGAGUCCAUUAAAAGAGCAAAAAAUUUACCCCGUGAGGGGUUGCAUCCAAUGUUUAUAAACGUUCUUGGUGGCAAUGAAUUAUCAGCCCUAGCCUUUUCCGAGAGCUUAAAAGCAUACAGGGCAAAGCAGACUGUCUUGGAAUCUGAAGGUCAUGCUGCCAAAGCAAAGCAUCUGCAGGUAAUAACAGAAUAUUAAUUUAUUCGUUGCCUCUUUUGAUACAACUUUGCUCUUUGUUUAUACUUUUUUUUGAUGAAUCUUGGUGACACGUGCGUAAGGCAUUUUGAUUAAUGUGAAUAGUUGCUGCUUGUAUUCUAUAAAUGGGCAAAUGGCAGGAAUCAUUCUAUGAAUACUGCAACACACCCUCUUAGUAUUUUACAACUCUUGCCUUUCGUGCAUCUAGAAUUGUAUCUCAGGGGACCUUGCUUGUGG